AGUGAAAGCGUCUUGCAGGCAGGGUCGCAGGGUUGCAGGGCUGGCAGGUUGGACUGAUGACAGCAUCCUCUCCGCUCGGAGCCUGCACACCUGACCGACUCCAUCAGACGCGCAGAUGAUGGAGCUCUCCGCGCUGCCGGCUUCUCCCGUCGCCUCCAUUUCACACGUCCACAGCCCGACACAUGUUCCACACGAGCAGCGUUGAACUGCUUUGUGUUUUCUGUCUUUCUCUUGAUCAUUCAGUGGAUGGGCUGUGAGAUUUUUUUGGAGGUUACGGCGAUUAUUUUAAGUGAUCAGGCCGGGCCGGAGCUGAUUUUGGUUUCCUGGAAAAACGGAACAGGAGCGGACUGAUGCUGCGUCGCUGGUAAACACCAGAAAUGGGUGUCAUCGAAUCAAUAUUGCCAACACUGGCUCGUUCUCGGGCAAGAUAUUCGCUUUUCUGACGAUAAAACGUCAGCCCAAGCCCAGGUCUUAAACAUCUACAAGUUGCAACCCUGAACAGGCUUCAGUCAAGCAAACAAAUGGUCCCAUCAAUAGCCACUGGAUACAGUCUACCAUAGGAAGGAAAUCAAUUACACUUAUCGAUUCACACACACAAACACACACACACACACAUAUAUACACACACACACACAGAUAAAAAAGGCCAUGGCGCUGGAGAACUCUGUCUUCCCCUCCCGUCCUGACUCUCUCGCCCUCCCCGUGGAGGAAAAGGAGGAAGGGGAAGAAGUGGAAGUGGCCACUGAAGCCACUGCCUCCACGGGGGUCUUCAACCUAUCAGAGGAGCUGGGCCACGUCGUCACCACUGAGACAAUACCGUCCCCUCCAACCUCCGCUAAGGUCAACAGGUCGUUCCAGGAAAAGAUGGCCGAGCAGGAGGCCAAAGCCAAUCAGCGCAGGAAGAAGACCCAGGGGAUGGAGAAGGAGAGGGGGCGAUUUGGGUGGGCCCGAGCCCGGCGCAAGAGGCAGCGCUAUGUGGAGAAGAACGGUCGCUGCAACGUGCAGCACGGCAACAUGAGGGAGACCUACCGCUACCUGACGGACAUCUUCACCACUCUGGUGGACCUCAACUGGCGCUGCUCGCUCUUUGUCUUCGUCAUGGCCUACGCUGUCACGUGGCUCUUCUUCGGGGCCAUCUGGUACCUCAUAGCCUACUGCAGGGGGGAUCUGGACCAUCUGGGAGAUGAGACGUGGACGCCGUGUGUAAACAAUGUCAACAGUUUCAUCUCGGCCUUCCUCUUUUCCAUUGAGACAGAGACCACGAUCGGCUACGGUCACCGCGUCAUCACCGACCAGUGUCCAGUGGGAACCAUGCUGCUGCUGCUGCAAGCCAUACUGGGAUCCAUGGUCAACGCCUUCAUGGUUGGCUGCAUGUUUGUGAAGAUCUCGCAGCCAAACAAACGAGCAGAGACAUUGGUGUUCUCCAAACAUGCCGUCAUCUCUCGGAGAGAUGACAAGCUCUGUCUGAUGUUCAGGGUGGGCGACUUGAGGAGCUCCCAUAUCGUAGGGGCCAACAUGAGGGCCAAGCUCAUCAAGUCCAAGCAGACUCAGGAAGGCGAGUUCAUCCCGCUGAACCAGACCGACAUCAGCGUGGGCUUUGAGACGGGCGACGACCGUCUCUUCCUGGUCUCUCCGUUGGUUAUCUCCCAUGAGAUGGAUGCACAUUCACCCUUCUGGGACAUGUCGCAGGCACAGCUGGAGAAGGAGGACUUUGAGAUUGUGGUCAUUCUGGAAGGAAUGGUGGAAGCCACAGGGAUGACGUGUCAGGCGAGGAGCUCCUACUGUGCAGAGGAGGUGUUGUGGGGUCACAGGUUCAGCCCCAUGAUGUCGCUGGCCGAGGGUUUCUUUGACGUCGACUACGGAGCCUUUCAUCACACGUUUGAGGUGGACACACCUUCCUGUUCGGCCAGAGAUCUCUCCCUGGCUGCAGCCAGACUUGACGCUCACCUCUACUGGUCGAUCUCCAGCAGACUGGACGAGGAGCCCACGCUGGCCAGCCAGGCGACCAAGCAGUCCGACGGCGGCUCGGCCAACAGCAAAGGAGGGGCGCCCACUUUCACCGUCGGGGAGAUGACCGACAUCCAGGAGCAAUCAGGACCUGGCGAGCUGAACGGCAGCGUCGCCACCGAUCAAUCAGAAUCAGAGGCCUAGAACAGAGAAUGUUUACAAAGACCUUCAGUAUAUUUCCGUCAUAUCACAACUACGCUCUACACUCGAGUUAACAAACCUUUCUUUCAAGUCAAAUUAGUAGUUUCGGUAGGCUCACCUCAACACUAAACACCAUAUCUUAUGUUGUCAUCUAAAAGAAAUGAUUUCUCAAGAAUGUGUCUUUUAUUUGUGAGUUCAUUUUUGUCACAAGUGUACUGUAUGCGUGCAACCUCUCUUUGAUUUGUUGUGUCAGCUCUAAUCACCCUUGCCUAUAUCUACUUUAAAAUGACAAUACUAUGCUUUAGUGGGCUCAAAACAACAUCCUGUGGACAGGAGAGAAGGUUUCACAUCAUAAGGUGAUUUCUGAUCAUGUCGGCCAGAGAGUUGGCAAAGAGUUGAGGAGUUAAGGAUUUAGGCUUUUGGCAUUUAAAAUAGAUAAUGCGCAUAUAGAUGAUUCAGUUUCACCUGCACUGGACGAGAUGGUCAUGAGGUAUUGUUAAGCUUUUUUUAUUUAUUUAUUUUUCAAUUCAAAGAUUAAGAUCUAUUGCACAUCAACCAGGGUGGGGAAGUACCACAUGGCUUUGUCAGUCUGCUCUUCGUUUGGAUAGAAGCUGUCUUUGGUAACCGAUAGUCGAACCAAAUUGUAAAAGUAUAUGUGGACAUCUGAGCAUAAAUACUUUGUUUGUUUGUUUUUUUGGAGACACAGAGUAUUGUGUUUGUUAGGAACACUUGAUAGAAAUAUGCUGACAUUCCUGAACGGCUGUCAACACAUCAGCAGGUGAAGGGUAUCGGAAGACUUUCACAAAGGACACUCGACUGUGUUUGUGGCGUUGUAUCACACACGGCGGCUGUAGCACAAGGUUAUCUCUUGUUUGUUUUCAGCCAACUUUAAACUAGAAGCACAAUAGUGUCCUGCUCCCUUUAGCCCAAACUCCUGCUUCUGCUGCUGUGUAUAUAUGUGGCCAUUUUUACUUGAUGUAUUUUAAUAUUUUAAAUGACACAUUAAUUAGACUGA